CAAUAACUAAAUCAUUGAGGUGAUAUGUAUAUACUUUUUCCCGUUCCCCCCCCCCCUCCACUUGCGCCACAUGCACACCUCACGGCCAGCCCCCAAAAGCUAGAUGGGUAUCUAUCUAUGGAUCCCAUCACGAUCCAUUCAACCACCAGGUUCACACCUCCAUGCAAAACGAACCUCCAAUUUGAAAGAUCCAACGACCCGUCCUACAACCAAAUGACUUCUUCUUCCACUCGCUUUCUUCUCUUCCUUUCUCGUCCAUCCUCACCAUCACCCCCUUCCCCUUCCCUAUUCACACCCUCAUCCUCCACCUCAAUACCCUCAACGCCCUCCCCAUCCUCACUUCCCUCGUCCUCCCCAUCCUCAUCCCCGCUCUCCCUCUCCCCCUCCCCCUUUACCACCCGAUCCAAAAUUUCACACCACCACUUCUCCAUAACCUCCCUCUCAACGCUCCUCCUCCCAAAUCCAGCACACAACGUCCUAAUAACCUUGCUCGCUUCCUCCCCCAAUUUCCCUUUUCUCAAAAGCCAUUCCGCCCAUACUUUACUCGCUCGUCUUUCCUGCCCUUUGAUGAUCCUCCACCGCUCAAAGAUGAGUUCCAGGAUAGGUUUAAGUUCGAGGUGGGGGUUCUUCGUAGGUGUCGUAGUGAUAGCGAUCGUUGAAUUCGAAUUCGAGUUUGUGCUUGCGUCUCGUCGUGAUGUCGAGGAAGAAGAGGAUACGUCGGCGAGCGACGCUUCAAAGGUGAAUGCAGAGGGAUAGAAAGUAGAUGAGGGAAAUUGUUUUGUCGUAAGGUGUCGUAAAUCUGCCAUUCGUUCGGAGGGCGUUAGACGUGGGUGGCGUCGUUGGAUAUAAUGAAGCAAAAGGGAGGUAUGGACUACCGUUAGCGAGUAUGAUUUCGAUUCUCGUAAGAGUUCCU